AUGCUUCCACCUCCAUCACAAUCUUUUAAAUUCAAUAAUCCAAAGCGAACAGCAGCAGCCAUCCGAUCUGCACUCUCAUCCUCCUCCUCAACAACAACAACAACCACAUCAGGUGCACCUGAACGUAAAUUUGUGAGUGCAGAUGCUCUCUUUGGUGAACCUCCACCAGGUUACAUCCCAGGUGCAGGUCGUGGUGCAACAGGAUUUACCACUCGGAGUGAUAUUGGACCUGCAAGAAUACCAUCAUCUCGAUUUGAUUCGAGAGCAAGUCAGAGCGAUGAUGCUACAAGUGGUGGUAGUACUACUAGUGGUGGUGGUAUUCAUGAUUUUAUCAAUGCAUCAUCAACAUUCAAUGAAUCCAAUACUAUGGAAGAUGAUCAAGAUGCCAUGAUCAAUUCUUCAUCCUUUGAUGAAUGGAGUGGAUAUGGUGAUAAUACAUUAGGACGUGUGACAGGACUUGAAGAUGAAGAAGAUCGAGAGGCUGAUGCUGUUUGGGAUCAUGUGGCACAACGAUUAGAAUCGAAAAGAAAAAAGAAAAAAUUGAAUCAUGAUGACAACAUGACGACGAAUCAUGAUACCAUGACUCCAAUAACUCCAAUAACUCCAAUGACUCCAACUUUUGAAACUCCAUCCUCACAAACAUCCUCGAAAUAUUCAAAAUAUUCCAUGUUAACUCAAUCUCUAGAUUCUCAAAAACCAAUGAUUGCUUCAACAUUUUCAGACAUUAAAGAACAAUUAAAAUAUCUAAGCAAACAAGAAUGGGCCAAUAUUCCAGAAGUGAGUGGAUCCACUGCAAGUACAUUGAAAAAUCCAAAUCGAAUGAAUCAACAAAUGUAUGAAAGAUAUACACCCACUCCUGAUCAUUUAUUGAUGGAUCAAUUCAAUGCACAGAUGAGUGGUGGAACGAGAGUACGAAUGGAUCCAUCCAUAUCCUCAUCCUCAUCCAUAUCCUCAUCCAUAUCCUCCUCAUCCAUAUCCUCCUCGACAACAACAACAACCAUUCCAAAGAAUCUUCAAGGUCAAUCAGGUACUCUCACCGAUUUGAGAGCAUUGGGUGAAAUGAGAGAAAGUAUUAUGAAUUCCAAAUUACAAUCCUUAGAAGAUUCUGUCGGUGGUAAAUCUACCAUUGAUCCUAAAAAUUAUAUGAGUGGACUUGAAUCUCAAAUUGUAUUAGGAACAGAUCAAUAUGCAGAUAUUAAGAGAUAUAGAAAGUUAUUUAAAAAGGCAAUUCAAGUCAAACCAAUGAAUGCUAGUAGUUGGAUUGGACGUGCUCGUUUAGAAGAGUUAGCAGGUGAUUUGAAAAAGGCUUGUCAUGUCAUUGCCAAGGGAUGUCAUGUCGUUAAGAAUUCAGAAGAAUUGUGGUUAGAAUCUAUACGUUUACAUUUACAGUAUUAUGGGAGUGGUGGUGCAAGUACUAUUAGUAUUGAUAUUAUUGGUAGUCAUAAUAGUAAUACUAGUCGUAAUAGUAAUACUAGUCAUAAUACUAAUCAAAGCCAUGGCACCACAUCACCCACUCUUGUACAAUCUAUUUGUUGUGAAGCCAUUGAACAUUUACCUCAUUCUGUUAAAUUAUGGCUCAAAGCAUGUGAAUUAGAAUCUGAUUUGGAAAAGAAAAAGAAAAUAUUAAGAAAAGCCAUUUCUACUCAACCUCAAAGUAUUCAAUUAUGGAAAGAAGCCAUUGAAUUAGAACAAGAUGAAAGUAAUGCCAAGACUCUAUUAGAACGUGCUAUUGAAUGUAUUCCAACAAGUGUUGAAUUAUGGUUAGCAUUGGCUAAAUUAAAUGAUUAUACUAAUGCUAAAAAGAUUCUAUCAAGAGCAGUGAGUAAAUUACCAAAAGAACCACAAAUAUGGAUUGCAGGUGCAUAUUUAGAAGAAGAACAUUCCAAUCAUGAGAGUUCAGUAAGAAAUUUAAUUAAGAAGGCUAUUGAUACUUUGAAAAAGUUAACCAUGAUGAAUAAGACUGUGAAUCAUAUGGAAAGUAAUACCAUGAAUGAUAUGAAAAAUAACAUGACAACUCUUACGACGACGACAAAUAACAUCUCAAAUCAUCAUUCCUCUUCUCUUUCACGUGAGGAAUGGAUGGAAUAUGCCAAACAAGCUGAAAAGACUCAACACCUUCUCACUUGUAGAGCUAUCAUUCAAGAAAUUAUUUCUUUUGGAUUGAAUGAUACGAAGGAUGUUGAACAUUUGAAAGAAAAGAAACAUGUAUAUUUAAAUGAUGCUCAUACGUGUGCAUCACAAGGUUAUAUUGAGACUGCAAGAGCAAUUUAUGAUUGUGCAAGACUAGAAUUUCCAAACAAGAAAUCUGUGUGGUUGAAUAUUUAUGAAUUUGAAUCGAAAUGUCAAGAUAAUGCAAGAAUGGAACAUUCAACUCUUUGUAUGACCUCUACCACUCCUUCCAUGACCUCUACAACUCCCAUGACCUCUUCAGAAGACUCAAACUCUUCUCAAACCUCUCGUCUUCGUCAAUUACUUUCACAAGCAACUUUGAAUUGUCCUAAUUGUGAAGAUUUAUGGUUAAUUAGAGCUAAAUAUGAAUGGAAAGUAUUUAAUAACAUUGAAAAUGCUCGACAAGUAUUAGAAGAAGCAUUUAAAAAUGAAAUCAAUCAAAACAAUGAAAAUAUUUGGUUAGCAUUUGUCAAGUUGGAAUUUGAAAAUGAAGAAUAUUUGAGAGCAAGAUUAUUAUUGGAACAUGCGAGAAGUCAUUUUGAUCGAGAUUAUGUAAAUUCUAUUAGUAGUAGUAGUAGUAGUCAUGAUGCUGGUACGAGUGUUGUUGUUGUUGGUAGUAGCAGUAGUAGUAGUAGUCAUAGUAGUAGUAGCAAUAUUAGUCAUAGUAGUAGUAGUCAUAGUCAUCAUCAUCAUAAUGAUCAUGGCAUUCAUGUAUGGAUUCGAUCGAUUCAAUUUGAGAGAAGAGUAUUCCAUCAUGAAUCCAUGAAACAAAUUCUUCUUUCACAAAUUGAAAUGUAUCAAAAAGAACAACAACAACAAGAUUCUUCUCCACUUGCACUUCAAAUCACAAGUAUGGAAGAAUCCAUUCUCACUCAAGCACUUGAAAAGUAUCCAAAACAAGACAAAUUAUGGCUCAUGAGAGGACAAUAUGAAGAAGAACAAUUAUAUCGUUGUUCAUUGGAAGUGUCUUGUUCCAUCCAUACAACCAACAAUUCUAUGAACACAACCAACAAUUCUAUGAACACACAAGAUGACAUAUCAUUAUUACAUCUCAAGACAUGUAAAAUCUAUGAAGAUGGUUUAAAACAUUGUCCAAAUUCCAUUCCAUUAUGGUUAUCUCUAUUUAGAUUAUAUUUUAAUCCUCUUGUAAAAUCACCCUACAUGAUGAAUAUUACCAAAGCAAGAGCAUUAUUGGAUCGAGCAUUAUUGAAGAAUCCUUCUAGCGCAUCUCUAUGGUUGGCAUUGGUGAAAUUGGAAUAUUAUCAUACGUGUAGUAUUGGUAAUAGUAUUGGUAAUAGUAGUAUUGGUAGUGGUAGUAUUACAGGUAAUAAUUCUGGUAGUAGUGAUAAGAUCCAUACACCUCCUCCUCCUCCUCCUCCACUCACACUUCUCUCAACAUGUCUCGCUACACUUUCCAAAGGUAUUCAAUCCAUGAAUCUCUCAGUCUCUUCACACAAAAAAACAAAGAAUCCAAGUAGUAGUAGUAGUGGUAGUAGUGGUAUUUUAUGGUCAUUCACCAUUCCAUUAGAAAUUGUACAGAAAAGAAAGGCUGCUAUUGCCAAUGCACUUAAACACUGUGAUCGUGAUCCAUAUGUUAUUUUACAAAUUGCAUUGGAUUUUUAUAGAGAACGAAGAUUUGAAAAAGCAAAAGAAUGGUUGAGAAAGGCACUCACUGUCGAUCCAACGAAUGGAGAUUUAUGGAUAUUUUUAUAUCGAAUGGAAUUGGAAUUACAUAAUGUAUCAUUGACAACAUCAUCCAGCUCAUCAUCAUCCUCACAACAACAACAAUCACUCUUGGCAAUUGAAGAGGAAUACAUGUCUAUGAAAAAUUAG